UGUGCAUGGUCGGCAACAUCUUGAAACGAAUGAUUCAAGAGAGCCGAUUCGCUAAAACGAGUCACUCUUCGCAACGCUUGAACAAUAACACAUCAGUUCCGAGCGGUUCCGAGCUUCAGACGUGGCACUGUGCGACGUCAUCAGCGCGCGGCCGUGUUCCACAGUGUUGUUUUCUCGCACUUCAUCGGCUCCCUUUUCAAAAUUUACACUCCGUUUAAUUGUUUAAGGACAGAGUGAAGAUGAUGGAAGAGAGUGGCAUAGAGAGCACACCGCCUGCCACGCCCCCACCCCCCUCUACAGCGGUCGCCAGCCCCCCACCACUCACCAGUGGUGUUUCCGGCCCUCUGACCAUCCCAAGCCCCUCCAGCAUCUCUGCAUUUGCCCCAGGAGGUUUUUCCAGCCCUAUUCCUCCAGUGGCUUUUACCUCCACGCUGCAGCCUAUCCAGUCAUCUGUUCCAUCUCUCUCUCUUGGCUCAGUAUCGUCUCCUCUGGGUCUGAGCGGUCCGUAUGGUGGCCCUAGCGCUCCGUUCACCUCUCCGUCUGCUGGCCCUCCACUCAGCACUGCUGCCCCUCUGGGCCCUGUCCUCUCUGCCCCUCCCAUGGGCCCGCCCACCACUGGCUUCUCUGUGAGUGCAGGAUAUGACAUCACUCGUGGCCACGCUGGCCGCACCCCUCAGACGCCGCUGAUGCCCAGUUUCUCCAGUGCCUCACCCAUGCCAGGGAUUGUUACCAAUCCCAUGAUGCAGCAGCCGGUGUCUGGAGGGUUAGAUGUCAGCUCGCCCAUCACGUUUCCUGAGGAUGCUGAAGAUCCCAGAGUGACUCCGGAUGGCAACACACCUGGUGGAAUAUGGGGCUUCAUCAAGGGUGUAGCUGGAAACCCGAUGGUAAAGACUGUCCUGGAUAAAACCAAACACUCUGUGGAGUCCAUGAUAACCACGUUAGACCCUGGGAUGGCACCUUACAUCAAGUCUGGAGGAGAUGUGGACAUCGUUGUGACAUCAGAUAAGGAAGUGAAGGUGGCAGCGGUGCGUGACGCAUUUCAGGAGGUGUUUGGUUUGGCCAUGGUGACUGGAGAGGCGGGUCAGUCCAACAUCGCCCCGCAGCCGGUGGGAUACGCUGCGGGGGUCAAGGGAGCCCAGGAGCGCAUUGACAGUCUGCGUCGUGCAGCUGUCAUUCAUGAGAAGCAGCCCGUAGUCUCGGUGGAGAACUUCAUAGCUGAACUCUUUCCAGACAAGUGGUUUGACAUCGGCUGUCUGAUCUUGGAUGAUCCAGGCAAUGGGAUUCACAUUGAGACGUUCACUCAGGCUACACCUGUGGCCCUGGAGUACGUACAACAGGCGCAGUCACUGACUCCUCCAGACUAUAACCUGCGCUGGUCCGGUCUGCUAGUGACGGUUGGGGAAGUUCUGGAGAGAAAUGUGCCCAACAUCAGCCGCACAGACUGGCACCUGGCCUUCACUGGGACAUCCCGCCGACAGAUGAUAUACUCUGCUGCCAAGGCUCUGGCUGGCAUGUACAAAAUGCGAUUGCCUUCCAGGACAGUGUGAACAUCAUCAUAUGCCGUCACGUCAUACGGACAACAGAAUAGCACAGGAAUCCACAUUCAUCUGUAGGUGUCCUGUGUUUUUCGGUCAUGUCCCAUCACAAGGCUGAGCCGACUCAAAAUACCAAAAGAAAUAGAACCUUUUAGAUCAGCUGCAUUUCUGUGUUAGGUCUGAAAUAAACCAGUUACAGGGCAGAAUAACUAAUAUCUCACUUUUAAAUUAUUGAUUGAAUUGAAUAUCGUGCCCUUGAUUAUAUUUGAGUUUGAUUGAUGUAAAUAAAUGACGGCGUCCCAGUCUGUACGAUGGAAAUAGAAGGAAAUGAAAACACAUGUCAUGUUUCAUGAAUGCAUUUGUUGUCCUACAGAGGGACCGACACUGCACAACUCUUUUAAAAUGAUUAAAUCUCACCAAGGAAAAGAUGUUUCUGUCGACCAGAUUCAUAACGCUUGUUUACAUUUACAAUCAAAUAUUUUGACUUGGAUGUUUUUAAAUUGAACCAUUGAAAUUCAUAUCCACAUUGUGAAUAUAUAAUUUUGAUGUUACGGUUUUGGAUCUUAUUGUAUAGUGUUUUCUUUUCAUCCUAAUCAUCAUCUUCAAACAUUGUUAUGAUAUUGUGUUUGUCUGCACAUUUGUUUCUUUCACAGCUUAGUUCAUGUCAGUGUUUACUGUGGUUAGAUGAAAUCCGAUCAUUAGCUCUGCUGCAUAUAUAAAUAAACCAGUUACUAUAGAUGUUGUUACAUAAAACAAUCUUAAAUCAAUGUGCUCUGAAAUACUGCAGUUACCGAUGAUAUGCAGCAGGAUUGUUUGCUCAGAGCGACACAGGAAACAAACAUACUGACCUGAGAAUGACCUCUGAGUGACAGCUGAUGUGUAGCACAUGAAAACAAUACUGUGUGUUUGCUGUCAAAACCAAAGCUGUCAUGGACCGAAAGAGUUGAUGGAAAAUCUAGAACUGCCUUUAAAAUGUCUUUAUAUGUUUGUAAUAUUUCUCCAGAACAACUGUGGAUGAUUUUGUUUGAUGCCAUUUUACAAACGUGCCUUUGACCAGCAGAUGAGUAAAAUCUUUUUGUAAAGCCUCA